AUGAUCAAAGAGGAACAGGCGAGUUCACAAGCGCAGACCAAAGGUAAGGAGCGGCCAAAUACGUCUCGAUCAAGCCUGUAUAUUACAGCGCAGAUCUCCAAAUCUCCUGGACCCCUAUCUCGCAGAAAAAUUUCUUUAGUAGCCAGUCCCAGUCCUCAAAUACAUUCGCUGUUAAGCACAUGGAGCUCCGAAUACGACCAUGGGAGCCUAGCAAUGUCGCUAGGAAUCGACACUCGGACGUGUCUACGUCAGCAACCGUGGCUGAGUCUCCAGCAAGAUGAAUUCAACAUCUUUCAUGAUUCAUCUCUUCUGAGUCUAUAUAUUCCAAGUACUGUACGAGAAGUAGAUGGCGCUGCUUGGAUCCAUAGUGGAAGCGAUAUGCACACGAGCAGGUCCGAAAUACAACAAAAAAGCCACUUAUCGUUCAGCUACAAGAAGAAUGAUGCCCUCCGUGACGGCAUCGAUGUAAAACUCUCGAAGAUCUUCGAGUUCUACCUUCCACCCCCAAGAGACUCUGCCACCCUGUUUCUCGUCGACGUUCAAUUACGUCAUAUCGACAGUUAUAAUAGAAGAAAAGACCACGGAUGCUACGCCUCUAAUCUGUCUAUUUCAUUUCAAUAUCGCCACGGUUCUUUGAUAUUAACAGGUUAUGAACCUGGAGGCUUCACUUCUCAGUUUUGCUCACUCAAAUUGGCCAAUUUAGUCAUUUCAUAUCAAUUUUCUUUCCGACUUGAUUGUCGCUAUUACGACUUGAGUAUCGCUAUUAAGACUCCGAUAGGCCCGUACUUUGGGGUGCUAAAACAAACCUCGACAUGGCUCAUUUUCCGAGGAGCUAGGCGCAUCGAAAGCCUUGAAGUGGAGGAAUUGAUUAACUACGGCCGCAAACUUACGUUGUUCACAAAACCUGCUUGUUCCGAUGAAAGAAGGGAAACAGCCAUCUCGUUCGGGGUGUGCUCGGCGGCUUCGAUGCGAAAUCUAGCUGCCAACUCUAAGUUGCUAGAUGGCCUUACAUCCGACAAUAGAAAAUAUCAUGAGGUACUAUGGAAAUGGCGAAUUAUGUGGAAGCGGAAAGCUCUACGGAACGAUGCGCACAAGAGGGCGAAGGAAGAAAUUAAGGAAGCCCCUGUCGAUAGCCUAUUUUAUAGCCAUGAGCAUUUGCUCCCGUUUUAG